AUGAAUCGCUCUCAUCAGACGCUGAGGCCAAAAGCAGUGAGAUGUGCGCCGGUCGCUGAAUCUGACGAGGAUCAUAGAUUAUGGCUGGGGAAUCGGAGACAGAUGGAAUGGAAAUACGUGGAGCAGUCGGUGCAAAAGGUACAGGAGCGUGGUCGUACAGUAGUCGUGAUGCACGAAGUUUUGCAGGGGCUCGGUUCAAACACUGUUUGA